AUGGCCCUAAUCUACAUAAACACCAUUCUGGCCUUCACAGUAUCACUGCUAGGCCUACUACUAUAUCGAUCUCACCUGAUAUCCUCACUCCUAUGCUUAGAGGGUAUAAUAUUAUCUAUGUUCGUAAUAGCAACAGUAAUUAUCCUAAACGCACAUCUCACCCUAUCAAGCAUAGUACCUAUUAUUCUACUAGUAUUCGCCGCUUGCGAAGCGGCCCUCGGCCUCUCACUGCUCGUUAUAGUAUCAAACACCUACGGAGUUGACUACGUACAAAACCUAAGCCUUCUACAAUGCUAA